UUUUUGCAGCUGAAUUAAAAGGGAGAAAUGUGUUCUUUCUGGUUUUUGAAAAUUUAUGUAAGGAAUGAUUCACCUCAAAGUUAAAAUGAGGAGGCUCCAAACCCAGUGGUGAUAGCAGGAGAUGAGGGGGACAGCCCUUAAAUAGAUGGGAAAAGGUUUCUGACGUGGUUGGUUGGUGGCAUUAAUCCUGUAAAGAUAUUUUGGGAUGAUCUAUGCUGCCAUAGCUGGGAGCUGUGGGUUUAGAGGGGUUUGAGAGUGCCAAGAGGGUGACCCAAACCCUGGCGGCUUCUCCCAGGAAAGGUGUGAGCCCUUUGCACAGCAGAUGCAGGAAAACUCUGGGGAUAGGACCUGAGGAAGACAGGCAGCCCCAGAUUUGGGUAAUUUUCUUUGAAACUCCAGGCUGAAACUCCAACAGAGGCUGGGAAUGAGAUCCUCACUUUCCACCACGAGGGUUUCUUCUGGCGGUGCUGGUUCUUUGGUGAGGGCCACCCCGAGAGCAUCUGGACCUUCUGGUACACCAGCCAAGCCCACCCCAAGUUCUGCAUGCAUGGCUACCUCUUCCCCAUGCCCAUUGCUGUGGGACCUUUCCCCCAUCCCUCCUAUGACACAACUGCAGUGUACAGAGGAUUUUGGACGGCGUUCAUCCUGCUGGCCGUGGCUGCUGGGCUCGUGGGGGGGCUCCUGCUGGUCUGUGGGGUUCCCUUCUCCAGCCCCCACUCCUACAAAGUUGGAGGAGGAUUCCUGCUGCUCUCAGGAGGUUUGUUUCUCCUGCUCGUGUUUCUCUUUGUGAUGUGGAAGGAGUUUGCAGCGGACUUCCAGAGGUACAUCCUCCUGGAGAGGAGCGAGAGGUGCCUGGAUGGUGUCCCCGUGCACGUCUACUACGGCUGGUCCUUCAUGUUCGCCGCCGCGGGGGUGCCCCUGGCGCUCCUCUCUGGACUCCUCUUCUUCCUGGUGGGCAGAGACAUUAUGGAUUCCCUGCAGUAAGACAAGUGUGGAAAAGGCUUUGAGAAAAUUUGGUGAUGCUCCUGGUAAAGAAACACACCCAAGUUUUGAGGGUUUGAUCGUUUUUGUAGCUCUGAUUGUGGGGAUAGGUUGCGCUCACUCUCAUGGGGAGGCAGGGAUGGAGCACUGAGCAUCCACAGAAUCCCACAGUGGUUUGGGUUGGAAGGGACCUUAAAACCCAUCCUGUUCCACCCCCUGCCAUGGACAGGGACACUUUCCACUAGACCAGGUUGCUCCAAGCCCCACCAACCUGGCCUUGGACGCUUUCAGAGAUGGGACAGCCACAGCUUCUCUGGAUACCCUCUGCCAGGGCCUCCCCACCCUAACAGCCAGGAAUUCCUUCCCAAUAUCCAUCCAUCCCUGCCCUCUGGCAGUGGGAGCCAUUCCCUGUGUCCUGUCCCUUCAUCCCUUGUCCCAAGUGCCUCUCCAGCUCUCCUGGAGCCCCUUUAGGCCCUGGAAGGUUUCCCUGGAGCUUUCUCUUCUCCAGGUGAGCACCCCCAGCCCUCCCAGCCUGGCUCCGACCACUGCCCAUCCCAAACCAGCCCCAGCUGAGAUCCAGCUCCAGCCUUUUUCCACUUUGGAGAUAUUUCAGCACGUUGGUGGGGUUUGCACCAGUUUUUUCCACAGCCCAAGGGAAAGCAGCUCUCUGUCAGCAGAGCUCCACAUCCAUAUUCAGCAGAGCUGGAGUUUUACAGCAUUCCCAGCAUCCUGGUUUCUUGUAAAAGGAAAUCGAAUCUGGCUGUGAUGGUGCAAGCAAUAAUGUCUAUUUCUAAAAAGCAAUUAAGGAUGAUUUUUUUUCCUUGGCCAGCUCUAAUUGACGUCAAAGGACAACCAUUUUAAUGGGAUGUCGGGAAACAUGAGAAACUUUUUUCUUUCUUAAAAGCCCUGAUCCUGAAGAUACAAAUGUACCUGGACCUAACCUAACCUUCAAUAAGGGAAUAAACUAACUUUUGUGGCUUGAAA